AUGUCCACUCGUGACUCCAACCGCAUGAAGCGUUUCAGCGCCUACGGCGCUAUUGACACCGCGGCAGCGCUUGCCGGCCAGCAGAAGGCUCUCAUCACCGCAGCCUUUGCUAUGGAGGAUGAUGAAGAGGUAGAAAGGGAGGAGGGCGAGUUGGUCGAUGAAGACUAUGAGCAGGAGCAUUCGCAUGCUGCCAGAGCGGAGCAGCAGCAUGAACAAGAGGAGGCAGAUGGUGUGGCGGUGGUGGAUGUCACCAACCUCUCAGACGCACAUGACGAUGAGCAGGUCCUCCGCGCUGACGGUAUCACCGCCAGCCCGCAGACGGGCACUACGGAAUCACGGAGGAAGAGGAAAGCUGCCGGCGGUCAGAUUGUGGACUACGAUCCCCUGCACUUCAUUCGGUGCCACGCACGGGACAACGAUCCCCUGGAUUGUUCCACCAAGGUCUGGCGUUGCGCUUUCGAGCCCAAUCCACUGGAUCCAAAGAACUCCACAACCACCGUAGUCGCUACUUGCGGUGGAGAGUGUGUUUGCCUCAUUGACUGUCGCACCGGCAAGGUGAUGAAACGCUUUAAGCACAUCGGCGAGGAGUUUUACACGGUUGCAUGGACUACUGUUGAGAUGGCAACUGGUCAUCAAACCAACUUGCUCGCAGCCGCCGGAAAGAUGCGUGAAAUUCGCCUGCUUCACCCCGAACAACUGGUGUGCUACGCUGAAAUGCGUGGCCACAAGGACGAAGUGGCCUGCAUGCUCUUCCAUCCCUAUCGACCUACAAUCCUCUUCUCGGGUGAUUCUAAGGCUUCCAUCCUCGUGUGGGACAUUGGCAUCCCUUCGGCUCCAGAGUACAGUACCAAGCAUCAACUGCUUAUGCGCCUAGUUUGCCCACGAGCCAACCUCAACCCCGUUCUCAACCUGGCCUUCAUGCCAAAUUACGACACGCUGUUGGCUGGCUGCGAAGAUGGCGUCUUCGCUUGGACCAUUCAGGACUUCAGGAAGGACAAGGCUGGUGAAGAAAGGCAAGUGUGCGCUCAGAAUCACGGUACCUACGAUAAGAAAGAGGGAAUAAAUGUUCAUUUCUGGCUUAUUAUUCAUAAUCAGCCAAUCAUACUCAACCGCUCGUACUCGCAAUCUGUUGGUUAG